AUGUUUGGUUCUCUAUUAAUAAAUACUUUAUUCCUCACAUUGUUUCCAAUGUUCGCUCAUUCUUUUGAUAAUGAUGCAAAGGACAACGUCGUUGUUUACUGGGGACAAAACUCACAGGGUUCCCAGGAAAGCUUAGCAUAUUACUGUCAAAACAGUAGUGCUGAUAUCUACCUGUUAUCCUUUUUGAAUGUUUAUCCAACUUUAGGUUUAAAUUUUGCUAAUGCUUGUUCUGACACUUUCUCUAAUGGUUUAUUACACUGUAGUCAAAUUGCUGAGGAUAUUAAAACUUGCCAAUCUCUAGGUAAGAAAGUUUUAUUAUCUCUAGGUGGUGCCGCCGGUAGUUAUGGAUUUUCUGAUGACACUGAAGCUGAAACUUUUGCUCAAACUUUAUGGGACACUUUUGGUGAAGGUUCUGCUAAUGAACGUCCAUUCGAUGACGCCAUUGUCGAUGGUUUUGAUUUCGAUAUUGAAAACAAUUCUUCCACUGGUUACGCUGCUCUAGUUAAUAAAUUAAGAACUUUAUUCAAAUCCAGCUCGAAAUCUUACUACAUUUCCGCUGCUCCUCAAUGUCCAUAUCCAGAUGCUUCCGUUGGUGAUUUAUUAGCCAAUGUUGACGUCGAUUUUGCCUUUAUCCAAUUCUAUAACAACUACUGUAACGUUGAAGCUACUUUUAACUGGGAUACUUGGGUCACUUACGCUGAAAGCGUCUCUCCAAACUCUAAUAUUAAGUUAUACCUAGGUUUACCAGCUUCUUCCACUGCUGCAAGCACUGGUUAUAUCUCUGACAUGGAUGUCUUAGCUUCUGUUAUUUCUUCCAUUUCUACCUCUCCAAACUUCGGUGGUAUCUCUCUAUGGGAUGCUUCUCAAGGUUUUGCCAACAAAAUUGAAGGUACCAACUAUAUCGAAGAAAUGAAAAUAUUAUUAAAUGCUAAUGCUUCAAACACAACUAGCACUUCUGUCGCUUCUAGCACUUCUACAACUGCUACUUCUACAACUGCUACUUCUACAACUGUUGCUUCAUCAUCUAUUGUUAAAGCAACUACCUCUUCUUCUGUUGCCAGCUCUACUAAAGUUACUGAAGUUUCCUCUUCUUCUCAAACUUCUCAAUUUACUUUAGCUUCUUCAUCAUCUUUUGUUACAAUUGCUACUUCUAGUUCACACGGUCACUCUGCUCAAUCUAGUGCAGCUCCAACCAUUAUUGAAACUAUCAUCACACAAUCUGAAAGUCGUAUUACUACAACUCUAUACCCUGCAUCCAGUUCUAUUGCUGUUCUGUCUUCUGCUGAACAAAACAACGUUGUUCCAAGUACUGCACCAGUUAUUGGAUCAACCACUUCAACUGCCGCUACUACCACUCAACAACUUUCUUCUACUUCUACUUCAGCCGCUGCCACCAGCACCGUUGCGGCUACUACAGAUGUUCAUGUUCAAGCACAAGCUUUAAAUGCACAAUAUGCCGCUGGGCAAUUAAACGGUUCUGCUAACCCAGUUGAAGGUGACAGAGCUUGUUCUGCUGACGGUAAAUAUGCUGUUUUCGAUCAUAACGACUGGGUUUACUUUGAAUGUGCUGCAGGUACUUCUUGUUAUGCUUAUGAUUGGAACAAUGAAGUAUUUACUGGUUGCAACUUCUCUCAAUCUAAAGCUGAUUACCAAUAA